AGAGAUCCGGAAGCGAUGUAAAUUAGCGAUGGGAUUAUUCAGAAUUGUUUACAAAUAAAAAAAAAGUUAGCAAGUAGCCGUUGUUUUCUCUUUAUUUGAAAACAAUCAAGUUACGAAAUUGUGCUUUUUCAAUGUUAAAAAGUUCUUCACAUUUUAUAAUAAGAACUAGAUGCUUUCCAGGGAAUACUAAGAAUGUUUAAAUAAGAUGCUUAGCCUUGGAUCUUUAUUGUGGCUCAUUGUAGUCGCUGCUGUCUGGGGAUUUUCAACGCCAUUGAUAAGGCACGGAAGCGCUGGCAUAGAGAAAAUUUCAGGCUCUAAUCCUUUGAACCAAUGGCUUGCUGAAUUAAUGUUCCUUGCCACAAACUGGAAGUACAUAAUGCCUUUCUUAAUCAAUCAAAGUGGAUCUGCUCUGUACACUAUGGCUUUAGCUUCUUCUGACUUAUCUGUAGCAGUUCCACUAACCAAUUCUCUCACCUUCAUAUUUGUUACAAUAUCUGGCAGACUAUUAGGAGAGGCUGAUGGAAAACCAGCUUCCUACCUGGGUAUGACAUUAGUUAUUUGUGGGAUCUCUCUAUGUGUUUUAAGUACUGUUUGAAAUUGGAACAUGGUUUUCAUUAUACAUUUAAAGAUUCAUUGCCGUUGCUGCAUUCCAACCUGCAAUCUCGCUAAAUAUCUGCAUUGCAUUUGUAUGUAUGACACCCACUUAUGCAGCCAGACUUUUGAGGUGAACAGAGAUCAUUUGCUAAAUGUUUUUCAUUGAAGAGGAAGACCUAUACAGCAGGCUAGAGAAUUGAUGCAGUUGAUAUCCAGUGACUAGUUUUUGGUUUAUGUUUCGUAUACAUUAUUUAUUUUUCAGUCGUGGUGUGUAGUUAUUGUUAUGAGGUUUAUUACUCAGGGUGCAUAGCGUUUUUAAAAAGUGCUUAAUUUUGAUUUUCGUCUUUUGAAAGCCCUUAAAGGUGCUUUUUUCAUUGGGUGUUUUUAAAAAGUGCUUAAUUUUCCCUUUUUCAAAAUGAGAUUUUUCCUUUACUAUGUUGAU